CGGCGCAGCGGGGCGGAGCGGAGCCGAGCGGCGGCGGCAGCAGGAAUCAUCAUCUGUCACUAUGAAAAACAGCAUCCUGUGAGUUUUCUUCAAGGUGCCUCGUCAUCCGUCUCAGAUAAGCUGUGCUCCAAGCUGUCCUGGGGAGGGCUUGUCCCUGGGGAGAGAUGGCCUUCCGUGGCUGGAGGCGGCUCCUGCUGGGCAGGCAGAACGUCCUGGCCAGGGCUUGGAGGAGCAGGAGGGGAGCCCCCUCGCUGCGCUGGAAGCGCUGCCGCCACUGGAGUGCUGGCAGGACUUUGGACCCCGAGGUGAGGGCGUUUUUGGAGGAGAACACGGAGGUCACCAGCAGCGGACACCUCACGCCAGAGAUACGACUGCGCCUCCUCACCCCUCGCUGCAGGUUCUGGAGGGAAAAGCCUGACCUGUGGCCUUACGGGGACCCGUUCUGGGCAAUUUACUGGCCAGGAGGCCAAGCCCUGUCCAGGUAUAUUCUAGAUAAUCCACGCGUUGUUAAGGGGCGAUCUGUUUUGGAUCUUGGAAGUGGAUGUGGAGCAACAGCGAUAGCUGCUGUGAUGAGUGGUGCAUCUCAAGUCCUUGCUAAUGACAUUGACCCUAUUGCAGGCAUGGCAAUGAGGUUGAACUGCGAACUGAACCACCUGGAUCCCUUCCCCAUCGCCAUUAAGAAUAUCAUUAGCUCGGACGCUGGCAAGUGGGACCUCAUUGUUCUGGGCGAUAUGUUUUAUGAUGAACAACUUGCUGACGGUCUUCAUCGCUGGCUGAGGAAAUGCAUCAGGAUGCAUGAAACUGAAGUGCUGAUUGGUGACCCUGGCAGGUAUCAGUUUUUAAGCCACAGCAUUCACAACCAGCUCCACAAAGUGAUAGAAUAUUCACUUCCUGAGUAUACCAGACAGGAAAACAAUGGAUUAACAUCAAGUAUCGUCUGGAGUUAUCAGCCCUCAUCAAAUAGCUUAGAAAGCUGUUAAAGCUGGCUUUCUAAUCAAUGUUGUCUCGCUUAGGUGGCUUUUUUUGUAAGUAUAUAAAAUGAAAAUGGGAAUUAAACAUGGAACACACCUGUUAAUGCCAAGUAGAUUACUGUUCCUUCACUGUAGUGAUUUCAGUCAUGUUCAUUGAGGCUUUGGAUCUAUUUGAGGGAAAAGCUACAUGCAAACUUUCUUCGAUGAGACCUGCUGAAGUGCAAAUCCAAAGAGAAAUUAUACUUCAGAGUUUGCAUGCUUGAUGUUUUUUGUCUAAUUCAUGUGGUAGUCUCACUCCUUGACACUACUGUGAAAUGUUUUAGACGUUCAGUGUACCACUGUGGGGAGAGAGGAAGGUGGCAGCUGAAAGAUUACUGCACUGCUUUAACACACUUUACAGAAAAAUGUAUUGUUGUCCUUUGUAUAACUCUGCUAGAUUAUUAGCUUACAGUAUACUCAAUUCUAAGUGCCUUGCUCUGUUUCUGGAUAUCUCUUCUGAACGUCCAAGUAACUAACUUGUGUCUCCCCCUUCCCUCUAAAAUAAAUCUAUUCUUCCUUGAA